GGCAGGAGCUGGGCCUGGGGCUGGAUCUCUGUUCAGAAGCCUGGCCUUUCUGUCACUUCAAGGCUUCAGGGCCUACCCACCCCCACCCCAGUAGAGGGGACAGAACGGUCUUGUGGAAAUACCCUGAAACUUCCCAGCUUUGAUGCCACAGCCAGCCCGUGGCAGAGGGGGUCUGGGGCACCAUGGCCCAGGCCCUGGGGGAGGACCUGGUGCAGCCUUGCGAGCUGCAGGAUGACUCCAGCUCUCUGGGGUCUGACUCAGAGAUGAGUGGGCCUGGCCCGUAUCGUCAGGCUGACCGCUAUGGCUUCAUUGGGGGCAGCUCCGCAGAGCCAGGGCCAGGUCACCCUCCUGCAGACCUUAUCCGCCAGCGAGAGAUGAAGUGGGUGGAGAUGACUUCACACUGGGAGAAAACCAUGUCCCAGCGGUACAAGAAGGUAAAGAUGCAGUGCCGGAAAGGCAUCCCCUCUGCUCUGCGGGCCCGGUGCUGGCCUCUGUUGUGCGGGGCCCAUGUGUGUCAGAAGAACAGCCCUGGCACCUAUCAGGAACUGGCUGAGGCUCCCGGAGACCCACAGUGGAUGGAGACCAUCGGCAGGGACCUGCACCGCCAGUUCCCUCUGCAUGAGAUGUUUGUGUCACCCCAGGGUCACGGGCAGAAGGGGCUCCUGCAGGUACUCAAGGCCUACACUCUGUAUCGGCCUGAACAGGGCUACUGCCAGGCCCAGGGCCCUGUGGCUGCUGUGCUGCUCAUGCAUCUGCCCCCGGAGGAGGCCUUCUGGUGCCUGGUACAGAUCUGCGAGGCCUACCUCCCUGGCUACUAUGGGCCCCACAUGGAGGCUGUGCGGCUGGAUGCCGAGGUGUUCAUGGCCCUGCUGCGGCGGCUGCUCCCGCGUGCGCACAAGCACCUGCAGCAGGUGGGCGUUGGGCCCCUACUCUACCUGCCUGAGUGGUUCCUGUGCCUCUUCGCUCGCUCCCUGCCCUUCCCCACAGUGCUGCGUGUCUGGGACGCCUUCCUCAGCGAGGGUGUGAAGGUGCUGUUCCGUGUGGGGCUGACGCUGGUGCGCCUGGCACUGGGCACCGCAGAACAGCGCCUGGCCUGUCCGGGGCUCCUGGAGACACUUGGCGCCCUUCGAGCCAUUCCCCCUACCCAGCUGCAGGAGGAGGCGUUCAUGUCCCAGGUGCAUAGUGUGGCCCUGUCCGAGCAGGACCUGCGACGGGAGAUCAGGGCCCAGCUGGCCCAGCUGCCUGAGUCGGGGUCUGGGCCACCCCCGAGGCCGCAGGUCCGCCUGCCUGGGGCCCAAGCCAUCUUUGAAGCCCAGCAGCUGGCAGGGGCACGGGGAAACACCAGGCCUGAGGUGCCCCGCAUUGUGGUGCAGCCCCCAGAGGAGCCCCGGCCGCCACGGCGCAAGCCCCAGACCCGAGGCAAGACUUUCCAUGGACUCCUGACCCGGUCCAGGGGGCCCCCCAUUGAGGGCCCCCCCAGGUCACAUCGAGGCUCCACCUCCUUCUUGGACACCCGAUUCUGAAAGUCCUACUUCUGAGGGUAUCAUGGACUCGGUCACCUGUACAGCUGAUGCCCACCUCACCAGUCGGCACGGCACUUUAGAGCUGGCAUUUGGUGACUCAGCUCCCUUCUCACAGACUGUGUCAGGCUCAAGGAUGAGGGAAAGUCACAGGGUGGGCUUUUGAGGGCCCAGGCCCCCCAUCUGCCCAUGGAGCAGUCCUGGUGCCUGGGCUCUUGCGAGCCUGGAAGCUGGCGCUGAAGGAGUGUGGGGGCAAGGGCAGCUGGCUAGGCUAGGGUACCCCAGGGGGCUCCUGGAGAGGCCUGGAAUAAAAUCUGCCGGAGGCUUGGAUGGAGUUAGAGUGAAGGCCACCCACCCCAGCCCGGACGGGCUGCCCCUUCCCCGCCCACGCUCACCUCCCUCCAGUUCUGCCUCUGCUGGUCCAGCCCUGGACGCACCAAGGCUGCCCAUUGGCUGCUGGAAGGUGUUUACCAGCAACAGGAACCAAUGGUAAGCUGCCUUGCCCAGCCUCCUGGGGGCAGGUAACGCUCCUGCACCUGUGGGAGAAGAACACCCCAAGUGGAUUCUAGGCCCAGAAGUGGGGCCCUAUCCCCUAUGCUGCCCCUCCCCUUGGUUCAAGACCCCUUAGGGAUACGGGGACUCUAACCCAAGUCUGUCCCCCACCCACGGUCCUGGUCCCAUCCUCAGAGAGAGCUAGGCGAGAACAAAGGCCUAGUGUGCCAGAACAAAGGAGAAAGGUCCCGCCGGCCCUUGCCCCCUCUCGAAGCCUCCGCUGCACCCCCUCGGGACUGCCACCAUGGAAACCCCCUCCUACACUCACUAAUUGCUCCUAUGGGUGCCUGGGGUGCCUGGGACACGAGCCAUCACCAGGACAACAGGGCUGGUUCCGAUGCAGGUUUCUGUCCCUCCAGUGGCCGUUCCAGGGUGCCCUGCCACCCUGCCUCCCUGGGCGCCCUUCCCCCCAGGUUGGAAGGUGCAGGGUAGGGGCAGCGCAGGGCUCAGGAGCACUGGGAGAAAGUGUCUGGAGUCCCACGUAAAUGGUGGAGGACUCAAGCUGCCUGUCCCAGGGGCUGUGCUGGAACACGUGUGGCCACUGGUCGGAAUGUUCUAGAGACAGGGCCACGGGCUGAGGAAAUGCCCUCACUCUGCAUAUGGUCACAUGGUGCUUACUGUGUGCCAGCCAGGCCCUGGGUCCGGGGCAGACCGUCCUCUUCUCAAGGAACCUGGAGGAGGGAUUCACGGGAGGUCCAGAACCAGACCUGCAGUUUCCUGGGGGAAACAGAGGCUCAGGUGGGGAGGGAACUUGGCCAAGGCCUCGCUUCCCAUGACAGAUCCAAGCGUCACCCCUGCCCCCCACCAUGAGCACCCUCGCGGGGUGCUCUCCCUCCUGCUCCCACCCACUCCCCCUGCUCCUCCGAGUGUGGGGCAGCAGCUGGGGCCCUGAAGUUAAGGAGAGCUUCCAACGCUUCCCUCCACCCGGACCUGGGAUGCCUGCUGCUCAGCGACAGCCCCCUCACUGCAGCUCACAGGACGCUUCCUCGGACCCCUCCGCCCACACCCCCUCGGAGGGUGGCACAGAGAGCCUCCUUAGAGGAACGGGGAAUGGAGGUCUCCAAGGCAGAGUACCUAGCCCAAGAUCGCAGGGCGGGGUGGAGCCAGCCAGAGGGCUGGUCUCUGCCUCCUAGAUGAUGCCUUAGCUCUGGAGUCAGGCAUCUAAUGGAAUCUCAGGCACUGUAGCAGAUGGGGGGGGGCCUUGCCCCAGGAAUCCACCCAUAAACGCCCUGCCCUCCAUGGGCUCAGCUCUGUUCCCGUACUGGGGGAGCAGAAAAGCAGCAGCCUCAGCCCGAGGCCCAAGGAUCCUUCAUGAGGCUGGGAGGGGGGUCACAGUGGCAGAGGGUCCCCCUGCAGACCCUAGAGGCAGGUGGUCUCCUGCAGGGCCCCUCCAGCUGAAGCUGAGUCACUACCUUUUCUACUCAGGGAAGCAUUUCCUGGGCAGGUGCUAUUAUCAACCAUCUCUGGGGAGCCUAAGCUGAGGGGUCAGCUCCUUCCUCAUGCAGACACUUCUGCACAAGCUGUGCCUCCCUGCCUUCCCCCGCGCUCUUCCCCCCAGUUGGAAGGUGCAGGGUGGGGGCAGGGCUAGCCCCUACAGCACCUGUGGCUGGUCUGGAAAAGAUGCCUCCCUUCCAGGCACACGCAGCUCAGCCUGGCAGAGGGGAAAGUGACUACUCAGAGGGGUAUUUUUGUGCAGUGAGCAGCCUGCACAAUGACAUUCAGUGAACCUGGCAGCCCCAGCUCCCUGCAAACCUGUCUCAAAAGGGGCUCAGAGAAGGCAAGCUGUAUAUCUGAGAGCACUCAGCCUGUGGGGACCAAAGCUGGAUGGCACCUAGUAAUGUCUGUCGGCCUGGAUUAGCCCCACAGACAGGAGUGUGGACAGGCAAAGAAGUGGAAGGGCAAAUGGAUCCUUGCCUUGGUCUUGGGCAGGGGGGAGGCAUGAUCUCCAUCUUGCACGACCAGCAGCUCAGAGGUCCCCCCAGCCCCAUGCUGUCUGUCCAGAGGUCGGACUUGGAUUAAGUCCCUGAGUGGGAAAAGCCCUUUCACUGUCUCUCAGCCUCAGUUUCCUCUUACAGACAAUGGGAUAAUAGUAGCUCAGACCCCAGAACCGAGAGCCCUCUACAAGUCUCAUUAUUAUAAUGAUUGUACAGCCAAUUGAGCGGCAGCCUCUACCCAACCCUUACCUGGCUUAGUUCAGCCUCAGGUGACCUCCAGGCUCUAGUGGCAGGGACAGAAUAGAACUGCCCUGCUAGUCUGCAUGCCCCGAAUCCCAGGGCCCUGGGCCUGUGCUACGGUUUCCCAACCCCAAUUUUCCUCCCUGCAUCCACAAGGCAAAUGCCGUCACAGCCGGUAUCCAGCCAGGGUGGUCUGGGGGGUGCACACAGGACGCUGCUCCCUGUGCACAUAGGCACACGCUCUGGCAGAGGAAAGAGCCCAGCUUCCUCUCUCACCGCUGUAUGACCUUGCGCAAGUCAUACCACCUUUCUGGGCCUCACUGUUCUCAUUGGUAAAAGCCAGAGAAUCACAACUGCUAUUGCUCAGGGGUAAGUGAGAUGCAGCACACACAGCCUUCCGCACAGUGCCUGGGGUAAGAUCAAGAAACGCUUGCUGAUCUUGACAGAGCUACUGAGUGCUUGCCUUUUGCUGGGCACCCCUGUCCAGCCAAGCCUGGGUGGAAGGAUGCUUUGUAAUCCCCAUUCAAAGCCCCAAACACUGAGUCUGCAGAAGCUGCAUAGCUUGUGUUAAAAACAAGACAACAGGCCCAAGUGGAGUUGCUUCUGUUAAGCUCCACGUCACCAACCUGACACUUAAUUAGUUUCAGCUCUCCCAGAAAUGGAAUCUUAAACCAGUCGAUCAAGAAUCAUGUGAUCAGCCCUAGUUAGGGUCAUCUGCCUGAUAGACCCCUGCCAUUCCUUAAAGGAAAGUGAUCUCCCAGUGACCACCCCACUUUUUUGCCCAGUAAAAGUUCCUUGUUCCUGCUGCCUUCUGCGUAUACACAUCUUCCAUUCUGUACAGCUCAGCUCCUUUCUGCUGGAUUAGAUGCUGCUGGAGUUGUGAACUGUUGAAUAAAGCCAGUAAGAUCUUUAAAAUUUA